UAUAUGCUAAUUAUGAAGGUAAUAGGGAGUUGAGGGAAACUCUCAAAGAGCGUAGAAAAAACUGAAUUGUUCACUUUCUGUUUGACGAAAAGUCGAAAACCCACCAUUAAACCAUCAAGCUUCACUCCACCACCACCACCCCAUCUCCUCCCCAAACUUCUUUUUAGUUCUUCCAUCAAUGUAGCCAUAGUAGAAAGAAUUGAGAGAGGGAAAAAGAUUGUUUUUUUGGUUUCAAGAAUGACUGAACCCUACCACAAUUUCUUCAAUGGAUGGCUCAAUUUUAGCCCUCUCCAUCAAUAUGAACAAGAAAUCUCAACAAUUUCUUCCUCCCCACACCUGCAACCCUCCAACACCUUGUACUAUUACCACCACCACCACAACACGGCGGCUGUGGGCCCGCCACAGCCGCCGCCGCCAAGAGAACCCCGCCCUAUCCUCCCCAACCUAAACCUCAGGGAAGAAGAAGGAGGAGGAGAAGAAGAAGAUGAGGAGGAGGAGACUACUAAUACUGAAACCUCACCCCCAUGCAAUAAUGCAGCCAUGGAAGAAGAAACCAGAAAGUACAAUCACUCAUCAUCCUCCAUUAAAGAGGAGAGUUUCAGGAGCUUCUCUGCAAGUAGCACUGAUGAAGAAGAUGUGAGCGUUGCCCUACAUAUUGGGCUGCCAUCUUCUUCUUCUUCUUCUUCCUCAAUGAGACAUGGCAGCACCUCUGAUUUCACCACUUAUGCUGCAGCUGCUAGUGCCGAUAAUGUCCUUUCAGGUUUGCCAUUGAACAGACUCAACAAUGGACAGUAUUGGAUCCCCACCCCUUCCCAGAUUCUCAUUGGCCCUACCCAGUUCUCUUGCCAUCUUUGCUUCAAAACCUUCAACAGAUACAACAAUCUCCAGAUGCAUAUGUGGGGGCAUGGAUCACAAUACAGAAAAGGCCCAGAAUCCCUAAGAGGAACCCAGCCAACAGCCAUGCUAAGGCUGCCAUGUUUCUGCUGCGCCCCAGGGUGCAAGCACAACAUCGACCACCCCAGCGCUCGCCCCUUGAAGGACUUCCGAACCCUGCAAACCCACUACAAGCGCAAGCACGGAGCCAAGCCCUUCAUGUGCCGGAAAUGCGGCAAGCCCUUCGCCGUCAAGGGCGAUUGGCGCACCCACGAGAAGAAUUGCGGCAAGAUUUGGUUCUGCGUCUGCGGCUCCGAUUUCAAGCACAAGAGAUCCCUCAAGGACCACGUUAAGGCCUUCGGCCACGCCCACGCCCACGCCGCCGUGCCGGGGGAAGAGGAUAAUGAGUCCACGUCCGACGUGGAGCAAGACGUGUACAGGGGAGGAGAUUUUUGUUGAAUCUAUAUAUCUAUCCAUGCAUGGUUUAUAGUAAUUAAGGGUUUUAAUUUGCAUGUAUCUUCCCGGCCUCUAGCUUCUUUCUUGUUUAAUUUCCGAUCACCACAGGGGCUAGAACUUAGAAGAAGCUAGCAAUUAAAGGUGUACCUUGUCAAGGAUUUCAUGAUUAUAUAUAUAUAAUGCCCUAAAGCUAUUUGAGAUUCC